CGCAGACCCUCGCACCCCGACUGGAGACCGCAGGCAGCAGUGACAGAAAGGGAGCUUAGAGGGCUUUGUCAAAAUGCAUCUUACUGAAAUGUCCUUGUAGAAUUUGGCAUUCUCUGCUGUAUUGUCUUGCUUCACCGAGUUUGUUUCCUGAGCUCAGAAAAAAAGUCUUUCUUCACGAACUGGAUAUAGUGUCGUCCUACUUUGUACUUCCUACUACUUCCGCAGCAGUGUUCCCACUCCCAGCUCUUCUUAACUCCUCUGAAAUGGAUGUCCGGCUUGGCUUGGCUGAGCCGUAAGAAGACUGUCUUGACCGCGCUGAGGUCUGGUUAUGCUCUGGGGCCAUACCGGGAGGACUGCGUGCCGUGUUGCAAGGGUCGAGGGCUGCGGUGGGGCUGCUGCUGGGUCGCUGUGUGUCUGCGGCGGGCUGAGGAGAGGGUGAGCGGUGUGGUGCGGUGACGGUGACGCAGCCUGGGAUCCCAUGCUACGCUGCAGGCAGAGGAGCGCAUCCUCAUUUGCCCUCUUCAGCGUCGGCAGCUGUUUCAGCACUUUUUUACAUCACCAGAUACUCUCUGUCUCACACACACACAUGCAGAUAUACACUUGUUUUGUCUCUGUCAUAUGGAAUGACUGAGAAAUAUCGCAAUAUCUCUUACUUGCUCUUUCUCGCUCCCCCUCUCAUUCUCUCUCUCUCACACACACUCUUUCUCUCUCUCUCUCAUACACACAUCCUAAUUCAUAUACGCAAAAACUCUCAGCAGCAGAGACUUUUCAUCAAAGCAUCAAAAGCAACUUAAGUCACACACCUACAGCCAUCUCUGCUGUGGGUAAAGACGGAGUUGGAGUGUGUGCGUCUCUGAGCAUGCUGGGAAGUGUUUGGGCAUCUCUCUCUCGCUGGUGGUCGGGGUCACCAGCGGAAUGUGAACCCGUCGCCUCUGAGCAAGCGGGGCGGGAGGGCCAGCCUGUCGAGAAGGACUCUGGGAAGGUGGAGGAUGAGCUUAAGCAUGGUGACCGGAAGGACCCCACUGUGCUCAGUGGUCAGGAGGCGUCCAGUGGGACAGCAGGGAAGAGAGCCACUGUGCUCAUCAUGAUGGCGCCACCCAACUUCCCUCAGAAAAUCGUCAAAGCAGGGGACAAAGACCUGGACGGGCAGCUAGACUUUGAGGAGUUUGUCCACUACCUGCGAGACCACGAGAAGAAGCUCAGGCUUGUCUUCAAGAGCCUGGACAAGAAGAAUGACGGUCGCAUCGACUCACAGGAGAUCAUGCAGUCACUGCGUGACUUGGGGGUGCACAUAUCUGAGCAGCAAGCUGAGAAGAUCCUCAAAAGAAUAACGAGGGGCCAUAUGGUGGCCCCUAUUAUGUACAUGGACAAGAACGGAACGAUGACCAUUGAUUGGAAUGAGUGGAGGGAUUACCACCUGCUCCAUCCUGCUGACAAUAUUCCAGAAAUCAUCCUCUACUGGAAACACUCCACGAUCUUUGAUGUUGGUGAGAGUCUGAUGGUGCCUGAUGAGUUCACAGCUGAGGAGAAGACAACAGGAAUGUGGUGGCGACACCUGGUGGCUGGAGGUGGCGCAGGCGCUGUGUCUCGGACCUGCACGGCUCCUCUGGACAGACUUAAAGUGCUUAUGCAGGUCCACGCUUCCCGUAGCAACAACAUCUGCAUUGCUGGGGGAUUCACACACAUGAUCAAGGAGGGCGGGAUGCGGUCGCUAUGGCGAGGGAACGGCAUCAAUGUCAUCAAGAUUGCUCCAGAAUCUGCGAUUAAGUUUAUGGCCUAUGAGCAGAUCAAGCGGUUGAUUGGCAGUAACCAGGAGACACUAGGCAUCUUGGAGAGGUUUGUGGCAGGUUCUUUGGCCGGAGCCAUCGCCCAGAGCAGCAUCUACCCCAUGGAGGUCCUGAAGACCCGGCUGGCGUUGCGGCGGACGGGCCAGUUCUCAGGCAUUGCGGACUGUGCCAAGCACAUCUUCCAGAAGGAGGGCAUGACUGCCUUCUAUAAGGGCUACAUUCCCAACAUGCUGGGCAUCAUCCCCUACGCUGGCAUCGACCUGGCCGUGUACGAGACUCUGAAGAACUCCUGGCUACAGCGCUACGCCACGGACAGCGCCGACCCGGGCGUGUUUGUGCUGCUGGCCUGCGGGACCACGUCCAGCACCUGUGGACAGCUGGCCAGCUACCCGCUAGCCCUGGUCCGGACACGCAUGCAAGCACAGGCCACCCAGGAAGGAGGUCCUCAGAUGACCAUGUCCGGCCUCUUCAGGCACAUUGUGCGCACCGAGGGGCCCAUCGGCCUGUACCGUGGCCUCGCCCCCAACUUCAUGAAGGUCAUCCCUGCGGUCAGCAUCAGCUAUGUGGUGUACGAGAACAUCAAGAUCACACUUGGGGUUAAGUCGCGAUAAGCGCGAGGCAGAGCGGACUGGGAUGAAGGCUUACUUUUUUGUUGUUUAAAAAAAAUAGACUUAUUUUUUGUUUCAAAUUUUGGUUGGGACAAACUCCAGAGUAGAAAGCUCCGUCAGAGGUGCUGUCCAAGAGGUGGCUCGGGGCACUGCUGUGCUCUACACCGGGGAUUGGACCCUGGGGCAGAGUGUGUGGACCCUGGGGCAGAGAGUGUGGACCCUGGACGAGGUGGAGUGGGCCGAGACUUGGACCUGCCCCUUGCACCUGGACCAGCCCGUAACCUCAGCCGAGCGAUCUGCAGAGAAGGAGAAACGUCUUAGCACAACACCAACCAGGUGGAGAAAGGACGAAGAAGGGGAGGGGGGGGGGGGGGCUGCUGCUGCUGCAUGGACGCACUGUGAGCUGGACAGGGAUGACCCAGUCAUUCUCCCGACCAUCUACGCAGUGAUUAUUACUGCAACAUUACCGGUAGUAACAGUAGAAGUAUUAUUUUGAUUAGUGUUAGCACUACUAGCUAGCUAGCUGUUAUUAUUAUCAUUGCUACAUCCUAAAAGUCUGACAUUUUGUAAAUUAUUGCCUAUUUCAGCCCACCCAUCUCGAAAAGGUACCUGAAAAAGUGAUACAAGUUGACCUCAGUUUUAUGUAGUGAACCCAGUGCCAGCCGUGUGUUUUGUUAAGGACCAUGGUGUAGAGAGGUGUUGUUAAGGACCGUGGUGUAGAGAGGUUGUCUGGUAGCCUGAUUUGCUACCUUUCCACUCACUAUAGUGGCCUGCUGAGGCACUUCUGCAUCUAUGAGGGAGAAAGCAAGGCCUAGCUGUUUAGCUAGGGCAGUGUCUAGUGUUCGGUCUCUCGAGCCACAAUACUUGCUUUGUCCCACAGGGGGGCAGUGUCUGACUGAAGAUUUCCAUGGUCCUUACACAUAUCGAAGAUAUCUGAUUCUUUUUUUUUUUUAUUAUUCCUUUUUUCUGUGUCCGUCUUUUUUUUGUUUUAAUCUGAAAUUGAGUUCUUAAAUUAUUACAUCAUUUAUUCAAAAUAAUUCCUUUUCCUUAACUCCCAUUUUUAUUUAUUUAUUUUGUUUUUAAUGGAGAUCACUUUCUCAACAUAACCAAAAUGUGUUGAUUGUUGCCUAGUGUACAAGAAGACAGCAGUUGGGGUCCAGAGCCUGUAGUGUCUUACAUCUAAUGGUCUUCUCAAGUAAUUGUGUAAGGACUGUUAAAAGUGAUGUUUAAUUUAUUUUUAUAUGUAGAUAUUUAUUAAAAGUACUAUCUGUAGCGAAAGAGGAGUUUGGGUGCAUUCUAGCAGAACACGUGGUAUGUUUGUGAGGAGUUCAUCACUGUAACAUGUUAUCUUUGAUCCUUAUUUAACCCUAAACAAACCAUAUCUGAAGCAAAUACAUUAAAUCACGCUGGAAUUUAUUAGCAAGCUCAGUCGGGCACAAGUGGUCAAGCUCAAGCACUACUGGACGAGGACUGUGGUGCAAAAAUAGAAGGCUGCUAGCACAAAUUGAGCUUCUGACACUGAAGGAUUUGUCCCUAUGCCUCAGUGAAGAGAGGAAACAUCUAUAACUUUUACCCAAAUCCAAGAAUUUGAAGAUACUGUAAUCUAGCACAACCCUUGUUCCUUGCUAUUAUUAUUUCCAUUUUAUGAUAGCCUAGUUAUAUAUCCCUUUGUUGUCAAAUCCACCCUGCAAUUCUCCAGUGUGUAGAUGAGGAAAUGAGGGUUCACUUCAGCACUUUAUAAAAAGUAAUUUGCUUUGAAUAGACUUGAAUGUUUUUUUUUUUCUUUAGAAAAAAUCCAAAUGAUUGAGGAUGGAGUUUGUGACUGGAUAUGUAUCAACUUGUUCUGUGCUGUUUGGAACCAAUGUUGUGUGUGUGUGUGUGUACACGUAUGCAUGCUUGGACCGAACGCUGUUUUAUUAUGUAAGUAUAUUGGAGACUAAAAGGGAAUUGAAAGCACACUUGUGCUACUUUUCUGGGAGGAUUUAGACUCGAAGCCAUCCCCUUGUCAUAAAAGGAAUACCUUGUAAGUACACCUUGUAAGUGUAAGAGUUGACUGCACUCUGUUUGAAAUUUGAAAAACAGAUUGGAUGAAAGGGGUGGCAGUUUGCCUUAUUUAGUUAGAGAACACUCAAAACAUUUUCAAAUCUCGGGGAGAAUAGCACAAUUUUUGUUUUCUUCCAUUUCACUGACCUGCUUUUUGCAUUUAAGAACCAUGGGAUGCCACCAUUGAUCGUUUUUUUUAGCCAGUUAGUUCUCCCCUACUGCAAAUGUUCCCUUCUCAAUUAAUUUCUACAGUUUACUUUUCUAGCUCUGUUUACAUUCCCAUUUAGUCUCACCUGUUGGUGUGAUGCAUGAUGGUCUGUUUGAAAUAACAGUAAUAAAAAAGACUGUGUUUAAGGGGUGGAGGUUGUAAACAUUGGUACAGAGAAGAGAAGUCUGUGUGAUAUUGAAGCAUCUGAUUGGUUGCUGCACACUUACUUUAUAGAAACUCUCUAGAGAUGUCUCUCUCUUGCUCUUUCUCUUUGUCUCCUCUCCCCUAGUUCCGUGUGAUUGUUUGUGUGUGUGUGAACGUGUGUGCGUAUGUUUUGUAAAGACCAUUUCGGAGACUGAUAAACGCUGCCCAUAUCACACCCAAUCCAGAUUAUGCCUGAAAUCUAGAGCCUUACUGUUCAUAGAAGCUUCAGGCAGUCAGAAUGCUUGCUUGUGCAAACUUACCAUGUAGUUUAUACACAAGUGCUGUGCACAGGACACCCAAGCUUCAGAAUUGGUCGUGCUUUGAAUCCAAAUAUUUUUUCAAGACAUGUCUGGGUUGGAGAGGAAAAAAAUGCAUAUUUUGACAAUGAUAGGA